AUGCAAAAGUACAUGCGACAGAAAACAACGAUGACGGAAAGGAAGAGGAGCCCGGACCGUGAAUGUGGCUCCUUUGAAAACGAGAUGUGUGAAGACGAGCCGCGUGCACAGCGGCUCUCCACACUCACCGCCCAGACUGUGAUCGUUGCUGACGAGUCUGACCUUAUUUCAUAUUGUGACGACGAUCCAGGUUUCUACGACGACUACCCCAAGAAGGGCAUUCGAUUCUGUGACAUCCUUCCCGUGCUUCGCGAUCCGCUCGCCUUCGAACUGCUCAUCACCAACAUCAUCUCGCACCUGUUCACCCACACCAUCCCAUCCCUCGACGACUCCACCCCUUCUACCCAGUCCACCCCGCUCGAACCAGGCGCCAAGUCGUACGGCUCCCGCAAGAUCGACGCCGUCGUCGGCCUCGACGCGCGCGGCUUCCUCCUCGGCCCCAUCAUCGCCCAGCGACUCGGCUGCGGCUUCGUCCCCGUCCGCAAAGUCGGCAAGCUCCCCGGAGAGUGCGUCCAGGCCUCCUACCUCAAGGAGUACGGUGAGGACGUGUUCGAGAUGCAAAAGGAAGCGCUGGCGCCCAACUCGCGCGUCCUAGUCAUCGACGACCUCAUCGCCACAGGUGGCUCCGCAAAGGCCGCCGGUGAGCUCGUCAAAAAGUGCGGCUCAAAGGUCGUAGAGUACGUCUUCGUCGUGGCUAUCCCUUUCCUCAAAGGUGCCGACCAGCUGGACGCUCCUUCCUACCACCUCGUCGAGGUCGACUAA